UAUAAGGUGCUACUGGAAGGAAUUUUUUAAUUUUUUUAAAUUUUGUUUUGACUACGGCAGACCAACAUGGCUACCUACCUGUAACUAAAAGAAGGGAAAGCAAGUGAAGGAAAUAAAAGAGAGCAAGGAAUUGCCUUUCUCCCCUCCUAAGGCAAGCUGCCUUUCUGAUCAGGCCUUUGGCUUUUCACUGUCUUAUGGUCUUUUAAGUCUUUUAGAGGGGUUUUUUUUUGGGGGGGGAGUUUUUAAUGUAUUUUCCUCCCUCCCCCUCUCUGGUUUUAACAUACCUAUGGCUUGUCUUUUUUGAAAGUCGCUUUGAGUUUCUGUUGGGGCCCCAGGGAAGAGACUACUAAAUUAAAUAGUGUCCAUUUUUAUUUUUAUUUAUUAAAAUUCUAUGCUGCCCUUCAUUGGAGGAUCACAGGGCAGCUUACAAUAUAAAAACACAAAAAUACAUAACAUGGUAACAGACAAAAGCGGUAACACCCUCCUAUGUGCCCGUGCACAUACACACAGUCGAAAAGUCUGUAGAUUGUUUAAUUAGCUGAAGGCCUGGAGAAGAAUGUUUUUGCCUGGUGCCCAAGGAUAUGUAGAAAGAGGCCAGCUGAGAGAGAACAUAGAGCAGCUUUUUACUAAGUUCGUGGAGGAAGGAAAAGCCACCGUACGGCUGAAGGAGCCAGCCGUGGACAUCUGUCUCAGCAAGGCAAAUGUUGGCCAGCUGAAGACUUUCCUCUCUGCAAUGAAGCUGGCUGACCGAGGCACCAAUGAGGAAAGCUUACAACUGUCCACCUUGGCCCCACCAAAAGCUUCUGAAGUUGAGAAGCCAAAGACAAAGAUGACCAUAACAUCCAGGAAGGAUUACCCUUUAACCCAGAACUUCCCGUACACUCUGGAGCAACUCCAGGCCUCUUACUGCAAAUUAGCCCGCAUUGAUAUGCGCAUACUUUGCCUGAAGAGUCUUCGGAAACUGGACUUGAGCCACAACCGUAUCAAGAAACUGCCAGCCACAAUUGGGGAUCUUGUGUCCCUCCAGGAGCUCAGUCUACAAGGCAACCUCCUGGAAUCCUUUGGCGUGGCCCUCUGUAAUUCCACCCUCCGAAGGUCGCUCCAGUCUCUGGAUCUCAGCCAGAACAAAAUCAAAGCGCUUCCAGCACAGUUCUGCCAGUUGCGGGAGCUCAUUCACUUGAAGUUGGACGACAAUGAUCUGAUCCGGCUGCCAUUCAAGAUUGGUCAACUGAGCCAGCUCCGCUUCUUGUCCGUGGCUCGGAACAAGCUCCCCUUUUUACCCAACAGCUUUGGAAAACUCUCCCUCGAGAGCCUGGAUUUAUUUGGCAAUCCUUUUGAGCAGCCCAAACCCCUUGCUCCUGACAUACAGCUAAAAAUACCAUUGACUUUGUGGGAAUAUUCAGCUAGAGCAACGAUUAAUUACAGGCUCCCGUACAGCUGCCACGUCCUUCCUUCUCACCUCUGUCACGAUCUGGACAUGUCAAAGAGCUGUCACUGUGGGCAGGCCUGCCUAAGCAGCUUCAUUCAGACGACCGUGACCGUGAAUCUCCACAGUGUGGCGCACACGGUUGUCCUUGUGGACAACAUGGGGAGCACAGAGGCUCCCAUCCUCCGCUACUUCUGCUCUCUGACUUGCUACUCUCAGUUCCUGGACAGACAUCUGCAAAGCGUCCGGUGACCUGAAACCGAAAACCGCAUGUGGCCUGAGAAGCCUCAUUCAGCAACAGUGGACAGACACUGUCUGAUAUCGGAAGGCAUUGCAGAGCCAAGAGAUCAGUUGUCUUCCAGACCUUUCCUUUUUUCAUCAUACAGAAAGAGCGAGGCAGGCUUGCAUUCUAAACAGAAUGCAGUUGAGCAAAGACUGCAGGUUCUUUAUGAAACUCACUUACCUGCAUAGAUCAGGGAAGCUCUUUGCCUGAGAGCGGCAGGUUAUGUUCAGGAUGUGACUAUCAUAUUCCUUCACCUUCCUGUUCAUCGCUAUGAUUGAGCUGGAGGACUCCUGUUGUGCCCCCAAGCAAGAACCUGUGCAUAUAAGGAUGCUGUUCUACCUACAAAAAUGGUUAGCGAUUUCUUAUUUAAAGGAGCUCAUGUUCAAAGUGUGUCUAGACGUUCGGCUGCAGUGGAGCCUCCCUGGACAGCAUGGGACUUGUUCGGACAAGCUCCAGGUUAUUUCAGCAGUCUCUUAAGAUCUGUUCCCUGAAAUGGUGUUCGCUCUGAACAGGACAGUGUUACUUGUUGACACAAAGUUUAUGCUGAUUUUUUUUAACGUUCAUGCCAUUGUCAAAAGGAAGUUUGUCACGUUCGCACAAACUGAUGCAAAACUAACGUGCUUCAAAACAAAAUAUUGUGGUGGCCAGUUCAUCAUAUAUUAAAAUUUGUACGCAGGAACUGGUUUUUCCGAGUACCAAAUGCAGGCAGUGAGUGUUUUGGGAAUGGUGCCCACAUGCAGAAAUUGUAGUUUUAAAGGACAUGGGUAUGUGAUGCAAGAAUGGAUUUUGCCUGUAAAAUGUGUGCUCUGUAUGCAAGGAUUAGUAUAGAGCACAUCAUAUGAAGCAACUUUGCAUCAAUAACUUCUGAAAGCCUCUUUUUUUCUUAAAAAGAAUAAAUAAAUGCUUAAGAGAG